AUGUCUGAAGAACAAAGGGAUGAUGCUGCAAAAAAGAUUGAGGAACUUGACAAAAAAAUUUCAGAGUUAUUGGAAGAGAAAACAAAAUUAUCAAGUACAGUAGAACGUUUGCAAGCUGAUUAUGGAAAAUUAAAAACUGACCAUUCGAAUGCAAAGGAAGAAGCUGCAAAACAAAUAAAUAGUCUUGAAGAAGAAGUUGGUCAACUUAGUGAACAAUUAUCACUUGCCCGUAAUCAGGGUGACGAAUUAAUUGCUGAAUAUGAAAGAGAAGGUAAGAAAUUGGAGCCUCGUCUUAAACAACUAGGUGAACAAAACAGAAAUUUGGAGAAGCAAACGAGACACUUGGAAAGUCAAAGGAAUGAAUUGCAAUCACGUAGAGAUUGUUUGACUUUAGAGAAGGAAAAACUUUUAUCACAACUUGAAGAUCUAACAAAGAGUAUAGAUCUUCUUGGCAAAACUGUAAAUUCUUCAAAAGAACGUUAUGAGGCUAAAAAUGCUGAGGUUUCAAAACAAAAUGCUGAGGUUUCAAAGCAAAAUUUAAUAAAAACUGUCGGAAACUCUACGGAUAAUGUAGAUAAUUUGAAGUUAGAGAUUGAUCAAUUACGAUCUGAGAAUGACAUGCUCAAGCUUGAAAAUUCAAAAUUAGUUAAAGACCUACAAACGUCCAACGACAAAAAUCAACGAUUAGAAAUUCAAUUAAGUGAAAUGGUCGACGUGGUACAGAAUGCUUCCGAUGAAUUAGACUCUAAAUCAGCUCAGAUAACGCAACUUCGUAAUGGUUCGUUAAACCUAGAUACUGAAGAAGAAAAAAGAUUAAUGCUUUUAGAAAAUGAAGUAGAAGAACAAUUCCAAACUUUAAAAAAUACCUUGGCUGCAUUGAAUACGACUGGAAACGCUAAUCAAAAUAAUACAAAUCAAGGUGAUCAACAAAAUAUUCAAUCACAACUUCAAGAAUUGUGUGGCCUUUUACAAACUGAAAUAAAUGUCAAUACAUCUCUUCGAGCUGCUCUUAAAGAAACAAAAGUUGCUUCAUUAAAUAAAGAGGAAAUGAUGAUGAAAAGAAUUGAAGAUUUAACCACUCAAUUAAACACCGUGUCAGAACACGUUCAAAUAUAUAAAAUUCGAGCAGAACAUGUUGAAGCAAAAUUACAACAAACUGAAAUAUCUCUUAAAAAAAAAAUUGAAAACGAAGAAAGCUUGCGAAAAGAAUGGAAUGUAAUGGUUGAAGAGCAUGCUAAAGACUUGGAUGCUCUGAAACAUAGGUGGGAUGAAGAGCGAACGAUAUUGAAAGCUUCUAGCACAAAAACUAAAGCGUAUCAAUUAGCAGAGUUGGGACUGAAUCACAAAGAGCUAGAAGAUUCAUGGAAACAAGAAAAGGAAACAUUAAAUAAAAAAUUACGCUUGCAAAAAGAUUCAUAUGAAAGAGAAAUAAGAUCUUUACAAAAGAAAGCGUUGGCCUUGGAAAAGGUUGCUUUGACGAAAGAAAAAACAGAAUUAUCACAACAAUUAGACAAUUUACAAAAGAAAGAAGUUACAUCCGAACGUGCAACUCAAAAAAUAAAAGAUUUACAAGGAGAACUUCAAACAGAAAGAGAGAAAACAUCCAAGUUAAACAAAGAGAAGAAUGUUGCUCUUAAGGAAAAAUCAGAGUUGCAGAGAAAAUUUCUAAUUUCUAAUGAGGCAAAAGAAUCCCUUGAAUCUGAUAUUCGUGAUGAGAAAGAACACAUUAAGGCGCUCGAAGUUGAAAUCCAAAACAUCACCGACCAAUUGCAAUCUGAACGGCGAGACCACCAAUCCAAAAAUGAACAAUUAUCAAGAUAUGAAGAUGAACUGCAAGCUGUUCAAGAGCAAUGUAAUAGAUUGCGGGACGAAAUGGAACAGUUGCAAGAUAAUUUUGCGGUUGAACGAAAUCAAUAUAAGCAGCAACUUCAAAGGAUGGAGACUUCAAAUAAACGACGUGGUGGUGGUUCAAUUGAAAAUGAAGAAAUCAAGGCGCAACACGCUGAAGAUUGCAAAAUGUUACUUCAUGAGGUCCGAUAUCUCAAAGCAAAGUGCUACCGGGAAUCUGCAUUUCGUGCCGACUUGUGCUAUCAGAAGAAAUUUUUAAUGGUACUCCUUGGUGGCAUGGAAUCAUGGUAA